CUUGAAAGAAGCGUGGUACCAGUUCCAAACACCGACCAAGAAAGAGUGAACGGAUACCACCCCAGUCUUAAAGUACGAUCGGAAGGAUUUCUCCUUUGUACCCUUGGACGACAUGCCAAGUUGGAGUUGCCAACACUGCAUGCACCCCACGGAUUCUGAUUUCUGCAGGUGACGCAUAGAUAUGGGUACCAUUCAGCUGGGAAAGAUUCGUGAGAGUGGCGCGGCGGGUUCUUUCUCUACCUUUUCCAUGGAGGUUCUACUCAUCGCUCUGGUGUUACAGCUGGUGGGUGUUGACAGAGGGUUGUGCUCAGGAGGGCAUGAAGGACGAUUUUCAAAUCCAGCUCCCUAUGUGUCAGCAAUUGGAGACCCUGGAAUGAAGGACCCAAAUUCCAGAUUUGCAUUUGAGGCCUGGAACUUCUGCAACGAAGUAGGAGAAGAAGCUCCAAAAAUGGGUAGCCCCAGGAUGGCAGACUGCGCUGAUCUUUCUUGCUCCGCCGAUUCAAGCAGAGGCCAGAAUCUCUCAGAGGGAUGCAAAUGUGAAGUACAUCAGAGGGUAAAUGAAUCAGACAACUUAUUAAGAGCUGGAGAUGAGUUUCCACUCCAAGGUUUCAAACCAACCAUGGACCCUGAUCUUUAUGCUGUGGAAAAGGAGAAGUACCUUGGAUCUCUUUGUGAAGUAAGCAACUAUGAAGAACCAUGGCAGUUCUGGAUGAUUAUGCUGAAAAAUGGGAACUUUGACAAGAACACAUCCCUUUGCCCAGAAAAUGGAAGGAAAGUCGAAAAGAUUGUCACAGGCAGAAAUUUCCCAUGUUUUGGUAAGGGGUGCAUGAAUCAACCACUUGUCUUCCGUAACCACUCAAGGGCUGUCUGCUCUGGACAACACUCAUCAUUAGCUGGUGGGUUUUAUGGGACGUAUGAGCUUGAUGCCAAUUUAAGCACAGGGGUAGAGGGGAACUCUUUUUUUGCAGUUUCAUGGGAAAAGAACAUAAGUACAGGAAGCUGGAUUAUAUCACACAAACUGACAACAUCCUCCAAGUACCCAUGGCUUAUGUUGUACCUUAGAGCUGACGCAACAAAAGGCUUUAAUGGUGGAUAUCACUAUAGUGGCCGCGGAAUCCUGAGAAAGUUGCCCGAGUCACCAAACUUCAAAGUAAAACUGACACUAGAAGUUAAACAAGGAGGAGGGGAAAACAGUCAGUUUUAUCUUCUUGACAUAGGCAGCUGCUGGAAAAACAACGGAGAUCAAUGUGAUGGGGAUUUGUUAACAGACGUGACGCGAUACAGUGAGAUGAUCAUCAACCCUUCAACAAAGAGUUGGUGCCGUUCAGAUAACCUUCAGUCUUGUCCACCCUAUCACACCAGUGCUACUACCGGGGAUAUAAUACACCGAAAUGAUACAUUACGGUUCCCUUACUCAGCAUACCACCUGUAUUGCAGCCCAGGGAACGGUGAACACUUGAUGAAACCAAAUGAUAUUUGUGACCCAUAUAGCAACCCGCAGGCGCAAGAGCUGGUGCAGAUUCUACCUCACCCAGAGUGGGCAGUGCACGGUUAUCCUGCAAAGCAAGGAGAAGGCUGGAUUGGGGAUUCAAGAACUUGGGAGCUUGAUGUUGGAGCUCUAUCUAGUCGCCUAUACUUUUACCAGGAUCCAGGAAGCAGACCAGCAAAGCGCAUCUGGUCUUCCCUUAAUGUUGGUACCGAAAUAUAUGUUACUGGAAAAGGGGGUGCAGCUACUGCUGAAUGGUCUGUUAGUGACUUUAAUGUAUUAAUACCUGCUGACAAUAGCCACCACGGUAUAGCCUUUUUGUAAUGCCUCUCAAUAAUUUUUUAUUUUGUUUUGUUACAAAGAGCUGCAACUUCCUUCGCUUUGCUAGUUCUGACGGGUUACUUAUUUUGUAUGGGCAAGGAAGAUAGGCAAUCAAAAGGUGGCCUUCCUUCCCUAAAAUAAAUAAACAGAGAGUUAAUGGCUUGUUAAGUUUCACUGCAUUGGAAUAUUUCUUAUUUGAAAAUUUUUAAGUUCCGGCAGUCUUGUUUAAUCUGAAUCUUACCAUCUGAUUUGUGGGAAUCCAUCUAAAUUGUUAAGCUCUAGUUUGAUCUGGAUCAUUUUAUCUCAUUUCGUUGAAUCUUUGUAAUCCUAUCUGAAUAUUGGUUGAAUCUUUAUGAUAUUAUAAUUUGUUUUGGGCUG